AUGGCCCGGGGCGGCAGUCAGAACUGGACCUCCGGGGAGUCAGAAGGGCGGCCGGAGGAGCAGACGACAGAGGAUACCGGAGACAAGAUGGUGAAGGAGACCCAGUACUAUGACAUCCUGGGGGUGAAGCCCAGCGCCUCCCCGGAGGAGAUCAAGAAGGCCUAUCGGAAGCUGGCGCUCAAGUACCACCCAGACAAGAACCCGGAUGAGGGCGAGAAGUUUAAGCUCAUAUCCCAGGCAUAUGAAGUGCUUUCAGAUCCAAAGAAAAGGGACAUUUAUGACCAGGGUGGUGAACAGGCCAUUAAGGAAGGAGGCUCAGGCAGCCCCAGCUUCUCUUCCCCCAUGGACAUCUUUGACAUGUUCUUUGGUGGCGGAGGACGAAUGGCUCGAGAGAGAAGAGGCAAGAAUGUGGUACAUCAGUUGUCUGUAACUCUUGAAGAUUUAUAUAAUGGAGUCACAAAGAAAUUGGCUCUCCAGAAAAAUGUAAUUUGUGAGAAAUGUGAAGGCAUUGGUGGGAAGAAGGGAUCUGUGGAGAAGUGCCCGGUAUGUAAGGGGCGAGGGAUGCAGAUUCACAUCCAGCAGAUUGGGCCGGGCAUGGUACAGCAGAUCCAGACCGUGUGCAUCGAGUGCAAGGGCCAGGGUGAGCGCAUCAACCCCAAGGACCGCUGUGAAAGCUGCAACGGUGCCAAGGUCAUCCGAGAGAAGAAGAUUAUCGAGGUGCACGUGGAGAAAGGUAUGAAAGAUGGGCAAAAGAUACUAUUUCAUGGAGAAGGAGAUCAGGAGCCCGAGCUGGAGCCUGGUGAUGUCAUAAUUGUGCUUGAUCAGAAGGAUCAUAGUGUCUUUCAGAGACGAGGCCAUGACUUGAUCAUGAAAAUGAAAAUUCAGCUUUCUGAAGCCCUUUGUGGCUUCAAGAAGAUGAUAAAAACACUGGAUGAUCGAGUCCUUGUUAUUACAUCCAAAUCAGGUGAGGUGAUAAAGCAUGGGGACCUGAAAUGUGUGCGUAAUGAAGGAAUGCCAAUCUACAAAUCACCUCUGGAGAAAGGGAUUCUGAUCAUACAGUUUUUAGUUAUUUUUCCUGAAAAACACUGGCUUCCCCAAGACAAGCUUUCCCAGCUGGAAGCUCUGCUCCCGCCUCGGCAGAAAGUCAGGAUUACAGAGGACAUGGAUCAGGUGGAGCUGAAGGAGUUUAAUCCCAACGAGCAGAACUGGCGCCAGCACAGGGAGGCCUAUGAGGAGGACGAUGACGGGCCGCGGGCCGGAGUGCAGUGCCAGACGGCAUGA